CCGCUUCGGCUUCGCUUGCUUGCGCGCGUGCUGCAAACGUUCAAAACAGCAGCGGCCAUGUCGCGCGCAGUGACGACGACGCCGCCGCCGCCGCUGCUACUGCUGUGCAGUUUGCUUGUCGUGUCACUGCUGUCCGCUGACGUUGGUGCGCAGGAAUGCCCCGCAGGGUUCCAGCCAGACCCGCUCCGCGUCGUCGUCCUUGUUGAGGGCUCCUUCUACGUCGCGGAAGGGGAGUUUGCAGCCUUCACUCAGGCAGCGCUCGACGUCUCCACCGCCCUCCUUACCGCGUCCCCAACAGGCACACACCUCACCUCGGUCAUCGAGUUCUCCACCUUCCCAUGCAGCGCAGAGUCGCAGUGCACGCCGUUUGUGUCCGACGCGGAAGAGCUCGCCGACCGCAUCGACUCCAUCGACCAGAGCUUCGGCCUCGUCCGCACCGCAGGCGCUAUCCAGUAUGCCCUGGAUAACCGCUUCCAGGUGCCAGAUCCGGACCGCCGCUCCGUCUUGCUCGCCAUCGCAAAGUCUGCUCCCCUCAAUCCGAGCGAGCCCGUUCGCCAGGCACUGCAGGAUGCUGGCGUCGACGCCUUCUUCGUCUUGCUCGACCCGGAUAACUCAACCGUUCAGGACUUUCGCAACUGGGCCGCCUCCCCAGACAACGUGCUUCCCGUCGACACGCUGCAGGAUCUCGCCGACCCGAACAUUACAACCGCCCUGACCUCUGUUCUCGCUUGUCCUGACAUCACGACGUGCAUUGGCUCCAAGGACGCGGAUGAAGGCGACCCGUGCCAGUGCGCACAGGACUGCUUCUCGUGCCUAAAUGCCCGCAACACGUCCGUGUGCACGCGCUGCACCAACGGGAAGUACCUGUUCGAAGGCCGCUGUUACGCUGACUGCUCCUUCAGGGAAGAUCUGCAGGAGCGCGGCAAUGACACGGACGGCCGUCGCUGCAUCAUCGCCCCCAACUGCCCCGACGGCUUCUACGAGAGUGGUGAGCCCAUGGAUGGCGAGCGGCAGUGCAGCCCUAUCACGCAAUGCGGGGACAUGGAGGCCGAAACGCAAGCACCAACCUUCACCAGCGACCGUGUUUGCACCGCAUACGUCAACCUUUGUGGCGAUUCCACAGGCUGUGUGUACGACGCGAACAACAUGGGGUACCGCGGCCCAAUCGCCACCACCCGCAACGGCCGCACGUGCCAGCGGUGGGACUCACAGUCGCCGCACCCGCACUCGUUCACACCACUGCUCUUCCCCGACGCCGACUUGCGGGAGAACUACUGCCGCAACCCGGAUGGCGAGCGCACUGCGUGGUGCUUCACAACAGACCCCAGCAGACAGUGGGAGCUGUGCGACGUGUGCUCCCACUACCUCGUAGCGCCGCCCACAGCCACGUCCGAUACCGUGUGCGCACGCAUCUCGCGACCCUGCAGGUCAUCAGAGGUGGAGGUCAUUGCAGCCACCGCCCUCAACGACCGCGUGUGCCGCCCAGCUGAUCUCACCUGCCCCGAGGACCAGUACCGCACACCACUCUACGAGUGCGACGACCUGACAGAGUGCAUGUUGGGCCAGUACGAGUCGGAUGCUCCAACGCCAACCAGCGACCGCAUGUGCGCGUCCGUUAACCCCUGCUAUCCACACCAGUACGAGGCCAGCCCGCCCACUGUCACCUCCGACCGCGUGUGCGUGGCCAUUUCAAACUGCACCACUUCGCAGUUCCAAACAGCGGCGCCAACCGCCACAUCCAACCGGGAGUGCCGGUCCAUUCGUCCACCAUGCAUGCUUGGGUCGGAAUACCUCGUUGCCGAGCCGACCACAACCACGGAUCGCAUCUGCGAAGACGUGAAGAAUUGCACAGAGUCACAGUUUCAGGUCGUCGCACCCACAGCUACCAGCGACCGCGUGUGUGCAAAGCUGCGCGAGUGCCGGGAUGAUCAGUACAUUGCCGUGCCGGCCACGCCCACCAGCAAUCGCAUCUGCCUUCGUCUUGCAGAAUGCACUGAGGACCAAUAUGAGCUCGUCGAGCCAACAGAAACUUCAAACCGGGUGUGUGCCCCGUGCACGCCGUGCCCGGUUGGUGUUGCUUUUGAAGAGCGCGCAUGCACCAACGUGUCCAACACGGUGUGCAGCGUGUGCCGCACAUGUGGUGAGGGCACGUUCGAGUCCUCCCCCUGCAACACGACUAAUCGCGUGUGCGACCCUAUCUCCGAGUGCACAGCCACCCAGUAUGAGUUUGACCCGCCCACGGCAACCACAGACCGUGUCUGCCGCAACCUCACGCAGUGCCUUCCGUUUAUUGAGUACGAAUCACAACCACCAACACCGACGUCGAACCGUGAGUGCGCCCUCACCUCCUGUGACCCCGGCACCUUCGAAGUUGUUCCACCAACCAUCACCAGCGCAAGAGAGUGCGAUCCCGUGAAGCAAUGCCGUCUCCCUUGUGAUGGUGGACAAUUCCCCGACGGAGACACGUGCACGUGCGGUCUUGCGUGCACCACAUGCAACGUCUUUGGUGACGGCAACGCACAAUGUGUCGAGUGCGCUGAGAACCUGUACGUGUUUGAGGGUGGGUGUGUGAGCAACUGCACGCAGUUUGCUGGCUACCGUCCCGCUGUCACCACGAGUGGUGUGGCCUUCUGCCAGUCCGCCACCAACGACGUCACGCCCCCAACCCUUGUCUCCGAGUACGAGAGCGAGGCACCCACACCCACAACCGACCGCCAGUGCACACCCCACACCUUCUGCUUCCUGGGCCAAUACGAGUCCGCGCCUGCGACGUUCACGUCCAACAGGGAGUGCGACCCCAUCACCCAGUGCAGCGAUGACCAGUUUGAGCUCGCCCCCUUCACGGCAACCACGGACCGGCGCUGUCAGAACUACACCACGUGUGAGCUGGGCAGCACAUUCCAGACAGUGGGCCCAACACCCACCACAGAUCGCAAGUGCGACGCAUGCACGGUGUGCCCUUCCACCCACCGCCAAAUUGCAGAGUGCACGCUGCUCCUCAACGCCGAGUGCGAGGAGUGCUCCUCCUGCCCCUCAGGAACCUACAUGGACCAGGCUUGCACCGAUGACCACGACACCAUCUGUGCGCCCUGCGACACGUGCGCCACCGGCAAAUACGAGGCGGCCGCUUGCGAUCCGCUCCACAACACGCAGUGCGAGCCCUGCGAUGUGUGCUCGCCCUCCCAGUACCAGCUGCGCGCGUGCCGGGCCACCCUCAACACCGUGUGCGAGCCCCUUCGCAACUGCACCCUUGGCCAGCAGUACGAGAGCACCGCGCCCACGCCCACCUCCGACAGGCAGUGCAGCGACGUCACCCAGUGCGUGCACGAGUGCACGGGUCAGGAGUGCAUGUGCCCCGAGCACUGCGGCACCUGCAUUGUCAACAGCGGUGACUUCAACACGUGUGUCGAGUGCAAGGACUCGUUCUACCUCUACUUUGGCCUCUGCUUCCGCUCGUGCUCCUUCUUCCCGGACACAGAGCCUGUGGGCCAAGACAUGGUUGGUCGAUACUGCUCCCCCACAGACCCAGACGCGCCCACCACACAGCUGCCUGCACUCGAGUACCAAAGCACACCGCCCACAGCCACCAGCAACGCAGAGUGCUCGCUCGUCACGGACUGCGUCGGAGACGAAAUUGAGCGCAUGCCGCCAACGCUGACGUCCAACCGCGUGUGCGUCAACGCCACAACGACGACAAGCACGACUACAACGACGACCUCUUCCUCUUCCACGACCACAACAACGAGUUCCACAACGACCACAACCACGAGCACCACGACGUCCACCACUGGCACCGGCACCACCACAACAUCCGCAACAUCCACGAUGACAACGACGACGAGUGAGCAGCGCCCGCCAUUUGUUGCAUAUGAGGUGCUUGCAGAGGGCGAACAACGGGUCUCCAACGCGUUUGAUUCGGAGGACUUGCUGGAUAAGUUCACGGACAUCCCAUUGCAAGAGUGCAAGACGCAGUGUACGCUGAGGGAAGCCUGUGCUGGCUUGUAUCACCUCACCAACAGGCAAGGACGCGUGGUAUGCCGUCUCCUCACACGCACAGUUGACGACUUUGUUGGUAGCGCCGGUGUCAUUGGUGUCAGCUUGAGGAAGGUGUACACCUUCACCACAACCACCACCCCGUUCUCAACUUCUUCGACGUCUUCCACCACCACAACAAGCACGACCACCACAACAAGCACGACCACCACAACAAGCACGACCACCACGCCUGAAACAACGUCGUCCACACUAGCGUCCAAUUCCACGCUGUCCACAACAGCCACAUCAUCUUCGUCGACCACAGCAACAACAACGACGACGACGACGAUGACGAUGACGACGACGACGACGACGACGACGACUGGUGCAUCCAACAUCACCUCAACCACAAGCACAAGCACAACAGAAUCGCAAUCGCCCUCCACCACUGAAAUUUCCACGAGCACCACAACCCCUCUCACAAACCAGACCACCGCAAGCUCUGUAUCAUCCACCUCCUCCACCACUACGUCCACAACUUCUACCACUACAACCACCACCACUACAACCACCACCACCACAACUACAACCACCACCACCACAACUACUUCGACAUCAUCCAACAUCACGGCCACAUCAACCAUGAGUUCCAUUUCGUCAACCACAAGCACAACGACGUUAGCAACAACAACCGCCACAGGCAGUGGGGCUACCUCAACUUCAUCGACAACUUCAUCGACAACGACAACAACGACGACGACGACGACCACCACCACCACCACCAUAUCGACUUCUACAUCAGCAACAACGACAACUAGCACCCCAACUGGUGUCAAUACCACGUCCACUUCCACUUCCACUUCCACUUCCACGCCCUCCACGUCCGCAACCACAGCCCCUGUGAAUGAGACGACCGUGACAACAACCACCACGGGUAGCACAUCGAUGCCAACCACUUCGUCGGGAGUAUCUGUCAACACAACAUCGACAUCCACGACGAGUACUUCCACCACAGCCGCUUCCACUACAACAACAAUAACAUCCUCCUCCACCUCCACCUCCACCACAACAACCACAAGCUCGCAGGGUGCAAACGCAACUGUGUCGUCGUCCUCACCCUCAUCAUCGUCCACAUCAUCAUCGACCACCUCCACCUCCACGUCAACAACGAGCGUGGUGGCCAAUGCAACGAGCACAGCAUCGUCCCCGAGCUCAUCAACGACGACAACAACAACAUCGACAUCAUCAACCACCGGCAACAAUGCCACCACCAGCACUUCAACUGCUUCCAAUGCGACCACUUCCACAGCCUCCAUAACAAGCACCACCACCACCACCACCACCACCACCACCACCACUACUACCACUACUACUACUACUACUACUACUACUACUACUACUACUACUACUACUACUACUACUACUACUACUACUACUACUACUACUACUACUACUACUACUACUACUACUACUACUACUACUACUACUACUACUACUACUACUACUGCGCCCGCCACGACCACGACGACCGUGUCCACUUCGAGCUCAUUUGUUGUCGAAAACUCGACCAUUGUCACCUUCAGCUUCACAGACCUAAACUUCACCGACGUUCUUCCGUCUGAGAAGUCAAAGGCGGCGUUUAUUGAGGAGCUGACAGCAGCACUCCGCAUCCUGCUUGGCCCAGAUGUGGACUUUGUUGUUUAUGACGUGCGUCCCGGAUCAAUUAUUGUCGACCUUCUCAUGCGCAGCACAAACGACAUCUUCCAACUCCAGUCUCUGGUGCAGAACAAUCAGCUCAUCUUCGUCUUCAACGACACGCUGUUUGCCGCAGACCCGGAUCAGUUCACGCCGAUUGUCGUCACAAGCACCACGUCUUCAACCACGUCGACAACCACCGUGCCCACGUGCACUUCGCUGGAGUACCUUGAUAACGGUGUCUGCAUUCCCCUUCGCACGUGCACGCCCGGCAGCGAGUACGAAAUUGUGGCUCCAACACCAACAUCAGACCGAAAGUGCACGAGCGUGUCGCCCACUUGCGAUGGCGUCUUCACCUACGAGUCUGCACCACCAACAGCGACCACAGACAGGGUGUGCUCAGACGUCACGCCAUGCGAAUUUUACGACGACCAAGCGAGCGUGGUCAUUGAGUUCCCAGGCGUGAGCUACGAUGCAGUCGUGGGUAACCCGCUCAACACCACGCGUGCUGAAGAGGCGCAGCUUAGCAUCAUGGUUGCGCUGAUGCAGCAAGGCGUUGACCUAGCGGAUGUGAUUGAUGUGCAUCUGGCCAACGGGUCCAUCAUCGCCACCAUCGUUGGCACACGGCCCACUGGCCUGGCUAUCAAGGACCUUUUCGCCACCUUGCCUGAUGGACUGCUUGUUGUUUUUGACAUCGGUGGCGGGCAGUCGCAGUUUGCACGCGGUGGACACAUCGAGCGCCACGACGACGACGGGAUCAGUCACGGUGACCUUGUCCCCAGAGACAACAACAUCCACCACCACUACCACUACCACCACAACGACAAGUGGGUCGGUCACGCGCACAACGUCGGGAACACCCAUCACCUCACCUGGGACCACAUCGACGACCACUACCACCACAACUACUACCUCGCCUUCGGCUCCAACCUCGCCCACGAUCCCCACGCCAGUGACAACGACGUCCACGACUACAACAACAACAACGACAACAACAACAACUACCACGACCACCACGACCGCUACCAGCACAACGACGCCGCCACUUUCUGCGACUCAACCACAAGCACAACGACGCUGUUCAAGCACAACGACGACGACGACGACGCCAAACCGCGAGUGCGCGACAUUGCAGACCAGGCGGAGUGCAGCCAACAACAUCAACGCCUUCGCCAAACCGCGGGUGCGGGGGACAUUGCAGACGAGGCGGAAUGCAUCAACGCUGGCUGGUGGACGUUUGACUUCCAGUGCAGCGGUUCCGGACACCGAAUGUGCACGGAGGUGCCACUUGAGGGAGGACACAACGCCGCUUUUUCAGCCCCAACAAACGUCAACGCCCAUCCGCCAAACCGCGAGGUGCGCGGACAUUGCCAGGCCCAGGCAGAGUGCAUCAACGCUGGCGGGUGCACGUUUGACUUCCAGUGCAGCGUGUCCCGGACCCCAAGGUGCACGGAGGCGCCACUUGAGGAGGAGUGCAACGGUGUGGACGGGUGCGCGUGGUUUGCCGAGGGCAACCUGUGCUACUCUGUUGAGGAUGGGCUUGACUGCACGGCGCUGUUUGACCCGACAUCGUGCGGUGCGGCUGCUGGGUGCGCGUACAACCAGACGCUGGCGGCGUGCUACGAUGUGGCUGAGGGGCUGCAGUGCUCUGCCAUCUUCCUUCCCGAGGAUUGCAGGCAGCAGCCUGGGUGCACGUAUGUGGGUGAGGCAGGGCGGUGUUAUCCGAGCGACGCGCCUGUUCCGUGCAUUGACAUAUUUGUGCGGGAGUCGUGCGAGAUGCAGGAUGAGUGUGCGUUUGAUGAUGCGCAGGGGGUGUGCUAUGUUGCGUCUGAGGGCAUUCCGUGCGAUCGCCUGAUUGCGAUUGACGUGUGCAUGAUGCGUGCGGACUGCGAGGUGCGGAACGGGGCGUGCCUGUCCAACACCACAUGUGCGGGCUACCCGCAGCAAACAACGCAAGGCCCCACGCCCGCCACCGUUGCCACCGCAGCUACUGCCGCUCCCACAACAACGACCACCACCUCUACCACCACCACCACCACCACCACCACCACCACCACCACAACAACGCUGUUCAGCCCAACAACGUCAACGCCAUCGCCAAACCGCGAGUGCGCGGACAUUGCAGACCAGGCGGAGUGCAUCAACGCUGGCGGGUGCACGUUUGACUUCCAGUGCAGCGUGUGCCGGACACCGAGGUGCACGGAGGUGCCACUUGAGGAGGAGUGCAACGGUGUGGACGGGUGCGCGUGGUUUGCCGAGGGCAACCUGUGCUACUCUGUUGAGGAUGGGCUUGACUGCACGGCGCUGUUUGACCCGACAUCGUGCGGUGCGGCUGCUGGGUGCGCGUACAACCAGACGCUGGCGGCGUGCUACGAUGUGGCUGAGGGGCUGCAGUGCUCUGCCAUCUUCCUUCCCGAGGAUUGCAGGCAGCAGCCUGGGUGCACGUAUGUGGGUGAGGCAGGGCGGUGUUAUCCGAGCGACGCGCCUGUUCCGUGCAUUGACAUAUUUGUGCGGGAGUCGUGCGAGAUGCAGGAUGAGUGUGCGUUUGAUGAUGCGCAGGGGGUGUGCUAUGUUGCGUCUGAGGGCAUUCCGUGCGAUCGCCUGAUUGCGAUUGACGUGUGCAUGAUGCGUGCGGACUGCGAGGUGCGGAACGGGGCGUGCCUGUCCAACACCACGUGUGCGGGCUACCCGCAGCAAACAACGCAGGCUCCAACCUCGCCCACGAUCCCCACGCCAGUGACAACGACGUCCACGACCACCACCUCUACCACCACCACAACCACGACGACGACAACUACCACGACCACCACGACCGCUACCAGCACAACGACGCCGCCACUUUCCGUUUCCUCAACAACCACAACGACCACCUCUCGCACAGGCGACUCAACCUCGUCAACAACAACCACCACAAGCACAACGACGACGACGACGACGACCACCACCACCACCACAAGCACAACGACGCUGUUCAGCCCAACAACGUCAACGCCAUCGCCAAACCGCGAGUGCGCGGACAUUGCAGACCAGGCAGAGUGCAUCAACGCUGGCGGGUGCACGUUUGACUUCCAGUGCAGCGUGUGCCGGACACCAAGGUGCACGGAGGCGCCACUUGAGGAGGAGUGCAACGGUGUGGACGGGUGCGCGUGGUUUGCCGAGGGCAACCUGUGCUACUCUGUUGAGGAUGGGCUUGACUGCACGGCGCUGUUUGACCCGACAUCGUGCGGUGCGGCUGCUGGGUGCGCGUACAACCAGACGCUGGCGGCGUGCUACGAUGUGGCUGAGGGGCUGCAGUGCUCUGCCAUCUUCCUUCCCGAGGAUUGCAGGCAGCAGCCUGGGUGCACGUAUGUGGGUGAGGCAGGGCGGUGUUAUCCGAGCGACGCGCCUGUUCCGUGCAUUGACAUAUUUGUGCGGGAGUCGUGCGAGAUGCAGGAUGAGUGUGCGUUUGAUGAUGCGCAGGGGGUGUGCUAUGUUGCGUCUGAGGGCAUUCCGUGCGAUCGCCUGAUUGCGAUUGACGUGUGCAUGAUGCGUGCGGACUGCGAGGUGCGGAACGGGGCGUGCCUGUCCAACACCACAUGUGCGGGCUACCCGCAGCAAACAACGCAAGGCCCCACGCCCGCCACCGUUGCCACCGCAGCUACUGCCGCUCCCACAACAACGACCACCACCUCUACCACCACCACCACCACCACCACCACCACCACCACCACAACAACAACAACAACAACAACAACAACAACAACAACAACAACGACAACGACAACGACAACAACAACUACUACUACAACAACUACAACAGCUGCCCGCCGCCGUCGUCGGGGUGAAGACUAUGUGGACCACUAUUCCUUGGCCCGGGCCAUCCUUCGCCGUGCAUCGACCUCGUACUUUCAAGUUGCACUGCCCACACCCACAUCCAACCGCAUGUGCCAGAUGGUGCAGAACUGCGGCGAUGACGCCUACACCGUUGUUGAGGCGACAUACACCUCUGACAGGCGCUGCGAACAGUACACGCCAUGCGGGCCCACCGAGUACAUCUCUGUUGCGGGCACGCCAACGACCGACCGCGAGUGUGGUAACCUGACCAUGUGCACGAGCGACGAAUAUGAGAUGAUUGCGCCCACUGCAACGUCCAACCGGUUCUGCGAUGACGUUGCGCCACCAUGCAUGUUCCCUGAGCAGUUUGAACAAAGCGCGCCAACAGCCACCAGCAACCGCGUGUGCGAGCGCGUGCGCACGUGCGAGGCAGAGGAAUACCAAGUGGCCGCGCCAACCAACACCACCAACCGCAUCUGCCAGGCAGUCUCCGAUCUCUGUGACGGCCUGUUCACCUACCAGUCGGCGCCACCAACAGCGACUACGGACAGGGUGUGCACAGACGUCACGCCGUGUAACUUCUUUGACAACCAGGAGCUGGUGACCAUUGAGUUUGGGAACAUUUCGUUGGCAGAUGUCGUGGGCGACCCUUUCAACACCACACGCGCGCGUCUGGCCCAGGUUUCCGUGGUGAUUGCGCUGCUGCCGUAUGGUGUUGACCCGCGCGAGGUUGCUGAUUUGCACCUCGGCAGUGGCUCCAUUCUCGCCACCAUCGUCGGCACGCGUGCGGUUGCCGAUCGCGUGCGUCAGGCGUUUGACGAGGCCCUCGUCGAUGGACUGGCGGUCGCGUUUGAUGUUGGUGGUGGUCAGACAAAGGUUGUUCGUGGGUUCCUGCUCGAGGCACCCACAACAACUCUCACAACCCCAUCGUCGACCACAACCAGCACAGCCAUGUUCGACACAAGUGGCAACAGUGGCAGUGGCGACACGACUUCUACCACCACCACCACCACCACCACUACCACUACAACUACGACUACAACUACAACCACGACGAGUACCACCACCAGCACAGCUACAACUACGGAUGCUGGUGGCCAGAGGCGACGACGGCGCGAUACUGACGCCUCUAUCGUUGUUGACAACGAUGAUGCAGUUGCUGUCCUUGAGCGUGCGCGCCGCGUUGCUGCGUUGCGUGAGUACGAGGCCGUCCCGGCAUCGCCAUUCAGUGACCGCAUGUGCCUGCCCGUGUCGGACCCGUGCAACUUCACAACGCAGUACGAGUCACAGCCACCAUCGCCCAUCAACGACCGCACGUGCUCGCAGCUGACCGUGUGCAACGCAACCCAGUAUGAGCUGGUGGCGCCGACGCCGUCAUCCAAUCGCGAGUGCGAGGACCACGCCCCCAUGUGUCCGCCUGGCAUGUACGAGGCAGAAGCGCCCACCCCCACCUCGGAUCGCCAAUGCAAGCGCAUCAGCAAGUGUGACCUUGCCACGCAGUACAUCUCCGCUGCACCCACGAUCACAAGCGACCGCAUCUGCGCAAACCUGACGGUGUGUGGGUCAGACAUGUUUGAGUUGGUGGCGCCAACACCGACCAGCAACCGCGAGUGCGACGUGUGCUCGCCGUGUAACGCGGGCGAAUAUCAGCUGCUGCCGUGUCUGCCGCGCUCCGACCGCGAGUGUGAGCCGUGCAAUCCGUGCACGCCAGGCAACACGACGCUCGUUGCAGAGUGCACGCUGGAACGCGACACCAUCUGCACGGAAUGCGCCUCGUGCCGCUCAGACCAGUGGAUUUCGUCGCCAUGUACUGUGAGCUCGGACACGGUGUGCAGCAACAUUACGCAAUGCGACUUCCCACGCGAGUACCGCGAUGUGCCGGCGACGCUGACCAGCAAUGCCGUGUGCAAGAACGUGUCCACGUGCGCGCCGGGGCAGUUCAUCUCCGCACAGGCCACGCCCACCAACGACGUGACGUGCGCAAACGUGUCGCUGCCGUGCUCGGGCGAGACAUACGAAGCACGCGCGCCAACAGCAACAAGCGACCGCCUCUGCCUGCCGCUGGCGCAGUGUGAUGUCAGCACACAGUACAUUGCUGCCAACGAGACGGCGACGAGCAACCGCGUGUGCGCCAACGCCACCAUCUGUGAAGACGGCGAGUACGAACGCAGGCCGCUCACGCUGUACGUGAACAGGGACUGCCGUGAGCUGCGCACGUGUGCGCUUGACGAGUUUGAAGCCGUGGCGCCCACGCCCACGACAAACCGGGUGUGCAACGAGACGCGCGUGUGCACGGACGAGGAGUAUCAGGUCUUGAAUGCCACAGCGACAAGCAACCGCGUGUGCGCCACGCUCGCGCCCUGCAACCUGCAAGACUUUGCGCAGUACAUUGACGUCCCGGCCACGCCCACAUCCGACCGGGUGUGCCUGGACACCGAGGUGUGCAACGCAACGUCUCACGAGACGGUCGCGCCCACAGCCACGUCUGACCGCAGGUGCAUGCUGAACGACGUGUGUGAGGCGGUGGGCGUGGAGUUUGAAGCAUCCGCGCCAACAGCCACCACAGACAGGGUUUGUCUGCCCGUGCUGCCGUGUGACCCCGGCUUUUUCGAAACCGCGUCGCCAACACGCACGAGCAACCGGCUCUGCGACCAGUACACACCCGCGUGCGGACCCCUGGGCGUGGAGUACGAGAGCGUUGCGCCCACGCCCACCAGCGACCGCCAGUGCUCGCUUGUUGCUGCUCCGUGCGGCAGCUUGCAGUACGAGGCAACCGCGCCCACCCUGUCCUCCAACCGGGUUUGCGUUGGCCUGAGCCCGUGUGACCUUGCAAUGCAGUGGAUCGACACGCCUGCGACGGCAACGACAGACCGCUCGUGCUCGCCGCUGCGUGUGUGCACGAGCACAGAGUACAUCACGCUGGAGGCGACACCCACCAGCAACCGCGAGUGCGACUACCUGCGAAACUGCACGUGGGGUGAGACGUACGAGAGCAUGUCAGCCACACCAACAAGCGACCGUGAGUGCUCUCCCGUGUCCAACUGCACGCUCGGUGAGACAUACGAGGUUGCAGCACCGACGCUCACCGGCAACCGCAAGUGCGACAACGUGUCCAUGGACGAGUGCAUCUUUGGGCUGACGUACGUGGAGACAAACGCCACGCUGACCUCAGACGUGGUGUGCUCGCCUAUUCGGGAGUGUCUGGAUGGCGAGGCGUUGGUGUAUGAGCCCCUGAGCAUCUAUGAGAACCGCCUGUGCACGACACGGCAGUCAUCGUCGUCUGCACAAUCGGUCGUCGGGCCCGUUGUGGGCGUGCUGGCUGCCCUUGUUGCGCUGGUGCUGCUUGGGUUUGCGCUCAUCACACACCGCCGCCGCCGUCGCAAGGGCGGAAAGGACAUCACGCCCCGCAACGAAGAGCUUGGGCUUGGCGAAUACCGCGAGCAGCGUGACGAUUACGAAGAGCCUGCAGCGCUUGAGGAGAGCAGGUUCAAGAAGGGUCUUCGCCGCGGCUCCGUGUCUUUCAGCGACAGCAACGUGGAGGUUGCCAUUGACCAGGCCCGCUCGCCACAGGACGGCACGGUCGACGUGUCCAUUGCGCGCGAGCCCAUUGGGCCGCAUAACGUUGGCAUGCGCGUGCUGGUGAAAGGGUAUGGACCGGGGACGCUGCUGUACUACGGAAAGCACGCGACCAAGCCCGGCUACCGCUGUGGUGUCGCGCUUGAUGACCCCAUUGGUCGAAACAACGGCACAGUGGGCGGGUUCUGGUACUUUGACUGCGACGACAACCAUGGCAUUCUGUGUGACCCGCGCAAGGUCCGCGUGUGCCCACCAGAGGCGUCUGUGUUCUACUUGGCGCCAACCGCUGACUGCGACGACUGCGAGCUUGAGCCGCACGACGCCAGCAACAUCCGCGACGAGCAGCAGCGCUUCCUUGAUGAGGGCAUGAAGGGCGCCAUCGAGGAGUUCCAGACCAUCCCAAAGACAUCUGCCACUGGAUCGUUCACCCACUCGCAGAGGGAGCGCCAGAAGAACAGGUACCUGGACAUCCUGGCGUACGAUCAGACGCGUGUGCGGCUCGGUGAUGAUGGCUCUGGAAGCGACUACAUCAACGCCAACUACGUCACGUUCCCAAGCACGCCCACGCCGUUCCGCUUCAUCGCCAGCCAGGGUCCCAAACCCAACACAGUCAACGAGCACUGGCAAAUGCUUUGGGAGCAGCGGGUCCAUGUGAUUGUGAUGCUGGCGCAGGUGGUUGAAGGUGGUCGGCAGAAGUGCGCGCAAUACUGGCCACCCGGCGCAGGCCAGACCAUGACAACGCCCUUGUUGGAGGUGACCCACGUGUCCUCCACGCCCGAUGACCCGUACGAUCCAGAGAUUAUCACUACGAAGCUCAAGGUUCGCCACCGCAUCAACGGGCAAGUUCGCGAGAUCACGCACGUGCAGUACGUGGGGUGGCCUGACCACGGCGUGCCAGAGUCACCAGACAAGUUCCUUGACCUUGUUGACCGUGUUCAGCGUCUUCGCAGCCAGCUCCCGGAGGAUGCGCCCUACAUCCUCGUGCACUGUUCUGCAGGCAUUGGCCGCUCUGGUGUUCUCAUUGUUGUCCUCGUCAUGCUGGACAGGCUGCGAAAGAAGAAACUACCAAACGCGCGCGAGAUUGUCAAGGCACUUCGGGAGCAACGCAUGGGCCUGGUGCAGGUGGCUGCGCAGUACCGUUUCUGCUUCACGGCGUGCCUUGCAAAGCUCGAUUCGAUCGACUGGACAUACGAGCAGCCCCAGCAGAUGUCGCGUUGA